GUCGCUAACGGAAUGAGAUUAACAGUGUACUGCCGAAACAAAACCGCAACAUCACACUCUCUUAACUCAAUCUAGCUUUCGUUGCCAUUGCUGUAAUGAUCCAAUGCAAAAGAAAUUCCUCACUCAUUGCUGCAGUUUCUAGAAUCUUCCGCACACUCUACCAAUCCGCAACUCCAUCUACACCUCCAUAUUCCGACGUAUCAGACGAUACCAACAACAACAAAUGGAACAACAACAUCAUCUCACAUUACAUCAUAGACGACAAAAACCUCCUUCGUCCAAGUCUCAUCUCAAACUCCAGUCUUCACAUUCUAGACCUCAUCGACAAUGGUUCACUCGAACCGAACCGAACCAUUUACAACAACCUCUUAAAAAGAUGCACAAUGUUAGGGAAACUCAAACAAGGAAAAUUAGUGCAUACCCAUAUACUUAAUUCUCAGUUUAAGAAUGAUUUAAUCAUUCAAAAUUCGAUUUUGUUUAUGUAUGCGAAAUGUGGUAGUUUAGAAAUUGCCCGCCAAGUGUUUGAUGAAAUGCCUGUCAAAGAUAUGGUGACUUGGACUUCCAUGAUUACUGGCUAUUCGCAGAAUGAGUGUGCUAGUAGUGCACUUGUUUUGUUUCCUGAGAUGAUUCGUGAUGGGGCGAGACCGAAUGAGUUUACGUUGUCGAGUUUGGUGAAGUGUUGUGGGGUUUUAGGGAGUUAUGUUGAUGGGGAGCAAAUUCAUGGGUGUUGUUGGAAGUAUGGGUUUCAAUCAAAUGUGUUUGUGGGGAGUUCUCUUGUGGAUAUGUAUGCGAAGUGUGGAUACUUAAGGGAAGCGCAGUUGGUUUUUGAUGAGCUUGAGAGUAAGAAUGAGGUUUCUUGGAAUUCUUUGAUAUCUGGUUAUGCUAGGAAAGGUGAUGGAGAGGAGGCUUUGGCUUUAUUUGUGAAGAUGCAAAGGGAGGAUUAUGGAGCAACGGAUUUUACUUAUUCGGCUCUUUUGUGUUCUUCGUCGAGCAUGGGAUCUUUGGAGCAAGGGAAAUGGCUCCAUGCACAUAUGAUGAAAUCGGGAAGGAAGUUAGCUGGUUACGUGGGGAAUACGCUUCUUCACAUGUAUGCAAAGUCGGGGAACAUUUGGGAUGCGAAGAAGGUUUUUGAUCGGUUGGUUAAGGUUGAUGUUAUUUCUUGCAAUUCGAUGUUGAUAGGCUAUGCUCAGCAUGGGUUUGGAAAGGAAGCUGUAGACCUUUUUGAAGAGAUGAUGCUGUGGGAUGGGAUUAAACCCAAUGAUAUAACGUUCCUUUCUGUUCUUACGGCUUGUAGCCAUGCCGGACUUUUGGAUGAGGGUAAAUAUUAUUUUGAGUUGAUGAAGAAGCAUGGCCUUGAACCAAAAGUCUCGCACUACACGACGGUUGUUGAUCUUCUUGGUCGAGCUGGUCUUCUUGAUCGGGCUAAGAGUUUCAUAGAAGAAAUACCAAUUGAACCAACUGCAACUAUCUGGGGAGCUUUGCUUGGUGCGUCUAAAAUGCAUAAAAACACGGAAAUGGGUGCUUACGCUGCUCAAAAGGUUUUAGAGCUUGACCCUUCUUAUUCAGGAACACAUACAUUGCUUUCCAAUAUUUAUGCCUCUGCUGGUAAGUGGCAGGAUGUUGCAAAAGUGAGAAAGAUGAUGAAGGAUAGUAAGUUGAAGAAGGAACCGGCUUGUAGUUGGGUUGAGAUUGAGAAUUCUGUCCAUGUAUUUGUGGCAAAUGACUUUUCUCAUCCACAGAAAGACAAGGUUUAUGAAAUGUGGGAGAAUCUAAAUCAGAAAAUUAAAGAGAUUGGUUAUGUUCCUGAUACAAGUCAUGUGCAUCUCUAUGUAGAUCAACAAGAGAAGGAAUUGAAUUUGCAGUAUCAUAGUGAGAAGUUGGCUCUUGCUUUUGCACUUCUAAAUACUUCACCAGGAUCCACUAUACGCAUAAUGAAGAAUAUCAGAGUUUGUGGUGAUUGCCACUCAGCAAUAAAAUAUGUGUCUUUGGUUGUGAAGAGGGAAAUCAUUGUUAGAGACACCAAUCGGUUCCAUCAUUUCCGCAAUGGCUCAUGCUCUUGUAGGGACUACUGGUAGUGCCAAUUUGGCUCAUGCUCUUGUAGGGACUAUUAGUAGUGCCAAUUUUUAUCAACUAAUUGGUUGAUUUUGCAGAACUCUCUUCUUAUUAUGUGAUCUUACAAUAUCCAUCUGCAUGAAGGUAAAUUAAAUUAACCUCGAAGGUUUAUGUAAAUAUAAGUCAUGAUAGUGGCCACAGUUUAAGUCAACUCAAACAAAUGCAUGAGCUAUUGAGAUGUGCCUAACAUAUUUUUUUAGGCAAAAGGUCUUUUGUUAUUUUUUAGAUAUACAUAUUAUAUGUUAGAUACAUUCUUGUAUGGAAUUAUUUUAGUUUUCCUUUUCUUUUUCAGCUAUAAAUUUCCCCUAUUCUUUCAGUGUUUGUUGCCAUCUGCUGAAAUAUUGCAGAUUGCAGAUAUUAUAUAUAAAAGUCUCUUCAUUGUUUC